AUGCUUAAGCAAUGCGUACGUUGUGAACGUCCUUUUCGUGUCACAAGUUCUGGCGUAUAUUUGAAGCGAGAGAGAUGUACCUUUCAUUGGGGUAAAUUGUACAAAGUAAAAACCCGGCAUAACAAUUACCAUAAACAAUACACUUGUUGUGGUGGCUCCAGCGAGUCAGUGGGCUGUACGUCUAAUCCGGUGCACGUGUGGACCGGUGUUGUGUCCGGCAUUAAUGGACCAUAUGGCGGUUUUGUGCACACACGCCGGAUUACCGACAAGCCCAAGGUGUACGCACUGGACUGUGAAAUGUCCUUUAUUGGACGUGGACUGGCUUUGACCAAGGUAACUGUGAUCGCGUUUGAUGGGCGAUUAGUUUAUCAGCACUUUGUGCGCCCCAUUGGAGCAAUUGUCGACUAUAAUACGCGUUUCUCUGGCAUAACCAAAAGUGACAUAUCCAAAUCGAAUAAGCGAGUUAAGACACUUGCCGAGGUGCAGCGUGAUUUGCUGCAGAUAAUCGACGCCAACUCAAUACUUAUAGGACACGGUCUAGAAAAUGACCUGAGAGUCCUGAAAAUUGUCCACAAGACAGUUGUCGACACUUCAAUAGUAUUUAAACAUUCCAACGGUUUUCCGUAUCGACACUCGUUAAAACAUCUGACCAAAACGUAUUUGAAACGUAACAUUCAAUUAGAUGGCCAGAGUCACGAUAGUUUAGAGGAUGCACGGGCGUGUUUGGAGCUGAUGCUGUGGAAGGUGACCACCGACAAACAGGAGAACUAA